AUGUCUCGUGAUUUGGCUAAAAAUGUUGCAGUUAUAAGCGCCUCCGAUUUAGAUCGUAUGCGUCGAACUUGCCUAGGAAUUGACCCAGCAGAACAAGAGCAAAAGCUUAGGCAAGCUGAACGCCAAGAACUUCACGAGAAGUCUCGUGUCCGUAUGAAAAAUUGGGGAAACAGCGUUGAUGCAAUUCGUGAGAAAAAGGAACUCGAAAGAUUCAAAAAGUUUGAAGCCGAAGAGCUUGAAAGGCGCCGCCUUGACGCUGAAGAAGAAGCCUUGAACCAAGAAAAACGACGUCAAGCCAUUGAGUACGCGAAUAAAAUUCUUCAUGAUGAAGGUGACCAAGUCAAAGCUUUUCAUAGCAAAAUGUUUUUAUCUGACGUUUUGCAGGAAAGAGAGCUGCAAUUGGAAAUCAAUAAGAAAAAGAAAGAUAACCAGAAAGAAGUUGAAGAGAGAUGGGUAGACUUGGAGCAUCAGCAGCUAAAAGAGUAUGACGAAGCUUUACUAAAAAAGAUAGAAGAAGAGGAAAGAAAGAAAAAGGAAACCCAAAAAAUACUAAACGUUUUCACAUGAAUUAUUAUAUAAAUCAUUAUUAAUUAAUAUUGAACUAUUUAUUUAUUUUUCUAUAAAAGAUCAGCUUGUCUCAAAUAAAGAAAAAAUUGUUAGGAAGUUACAAGACGAAUACAUUGAAGGCAAACUAAUGAAAAAAAAAGCUAUCAAAGAUCUGCAAGCCGAAAAAAGAGAAGAGCUCGAAAGAAGAAAAGCUGCAAUUGCUGCCCAAAAUGAGACUAAAAAAAUGAAUGAGCACUUCCAGGAGCUGAAAAGACUUGAGCAAGAAAGAAUCAAAGAGGAAGAACGGAAAAUUGAAGAAUACGCUAAGCAGAAAGAAGAAGUUAUGAAUAUGAGGAAAAGGCGUGAGGAACAAAAAUUCAAAGAAAAGCUAGAAACAAGGCAAAAGAUGAUUGACGCUAGAAUUGAAGAACUCUCUAAGAUUAAAAGCAACGAAGACCAAAGACUGCAAAACCAAGUCCAAGAAGCUGAACAAAAAGCCAAAGAGACCUUUGAGAAGAAGCAGCAAAGGCACAAUGAUAUGAUGACUCAGAUUGAAAGGUCACGCCAGCACCAAAUUGAUAGAAAAAAACAAGAAAAAGAGCAGGAAAAGAUGGAAGAUAAAGAAUUCGCGCAGUUCUGGAAAGAAAGAAUGCAGGACUUGAAUGAGAUGGAAAAAAAUGAAGCAGAAGAAAGAAGAGAUAGAGCCAAAGCCCAACAGCUUUACCAUAAGAAACAGAUGGACUACAAGGCAAGAAAGGUAGAGCAAGAAGCGCUUCUAGAAGAAGAGCUAGCCAGGCAGUCAGCACAGAUCAUGGAAGACGAGCAAAAUCAGUUCAAUUCUUAUGCUGAAAAAUGCUUGAAAGAAUGGGCAGAAAACGGCAAAAACAUCACCCCGAUGAUUCUUGAGCUGAAAAAUUAUAAGAAAAGAAUAGCUUAA